GAAGGUCGCGCCAGGCUGCGACGGAUAACGGGAGGGCGAGUGUUUCUUCUUGAGUCUUCCCUUUGGAUCUCGGAAUGAGAGGUUCUUAACGCCCAGAUUAAUGGGGUGAUGCGCAGGUUUAGGACCCUUUGGAGCCUUUUCCCCGUUUCCGGUCAGUCGCUCAGGCACGCCGAGGGCAGUUCUUGUGGGGUCCUCGUAGCAAACCAAGAUGGCUGCGCCCUUGGUGAAGGCAGUGCGAGGGUGGUCGGACCUAACGCUGGGCGUACGGAGCGCUGUCCUGCGGUUUCCAAGCCCUUGGCAGAGCUGACGGAGGAGGAGAAGUUUGAGCGGGAGCUCAGGAAGACUCAGCGUAUCAAAGCUGCCCCAGCGGCGAAAACAAGCUCUGUGUUUGAAGACCCAUUGAUCAGUAAAUUCACCAACAUGAUGAUGAAAGGAGGAAACAAAGUACUGGCCAGAUCCCUCAUGGCACAGACUCUGGAAGCUGUGAAAAGGAAGCAAUUUGAGAAGUACCAUGCUGCUUCUUCAGAGGAACAGGCAACCAUUGAACGCAACCCCUACACCAUCUUCCACCAAGCACUGAAAAACUGUGAGCCUGUGAUUGGGCUGGUACCCAUCCUCAAGGGUGGCCAUUUCUACCAGGUUCCGGUGCCACUAGCCGACCGGCGGCGGCGUUUCCUGGCCAUGAAGUGGAUGAUUACUGAGUGCAGGGAGAAGAAGCAUCGGCGGAUGCUGAUGCCAGAGAAGCUGUCACAGGAGCUGCUGGAGGCUUUUCACAACCAGGGUCCUGUGAUCAAGAAGAAGCACAACAUGCACAAGAUGGCUGAGGCCAACCGUGCCCUGGCCCACUACCGCUGGUGGUAGGGGAGGGUAGAGGCUCCAGGAGGAGCCCAGUGCUUGCUACUGCAGGAAUCAAUGUGAGCUGCCACUACAUUGAAAAAUACCUGUGCUUAAAAAUGCAGUUCCUUUUUAAGGGCAGGCGGGCAGGCCUCACAGGAAGGAUGGAGCAGUAUUUUGCUUUAGUCCUUCCUUUGUGGGCUAGAACUUGCUCUCCCUGCCCCACCUUUUGCAAAGAGGCAAUACAUGAACUUGGAUUUCCCCCAAGAAACUUAGGGCCUAUCCAGCCUUCUCUUCCCUCUGCUUGGAGUGGACCUUAGGGUGAUAAAAGGGAGCAUUUUAGUAUCAGAAAGGUUUAUUAGAAAAUUGUCACCCUGAACUGGAGCAUGUGAUGCAGUACUGCCACUCAUUAAACCCAACUGGAGGAAA